UAACAUAUAAUUAAAAAAAUAUGGUGGUCAAGAAAUGGGAUGACCGGUUAUCCAGUUUGGUGCCUCUCCAUUGCUUUGUGCUAAGGUCCCAACAGCUUUACCCCUCCUUGCUUUUGCCCUAUCAGCGCAAAUGUCAACCCAGUGAAAAGGCAAAAAUGUGUCAGUAUUACUAUGAAGAUAGUUUUGACCUCACAGACUCCCUGAAAGGACACCAUGGGCCCGCAGACAAUGCUCAGCGCUGCCAUCUCAGAGGGUCUCCUGCUUCUCAAGAGCUGUUAGAAGCUGCAGAAAUGCCUAGAACACAAUCACCUCCUGUUCAUCUAAAUCCAUAUUUCGUUCUCUAGCUGUUUUUUUUUUAACUCAGCUUGCUCAACAAUAACACUUACAUUUAAAGAUAUUGAUUAUUAAUAGAAAAGAGACAUUAUAUUUUCAUUUAAAAAUAAGAAAAAUUGAGACUCAAUCCCUUAAAAAUAGGGUUCUCAGUUGUAGGCCUGUUCUUUACAAUUGAAUGCAUUGUGAAGCCUCAAUAAACACUAGCUCUACUUCAUAUGAUUGAAUCGUUGCUCAUUAUGUACUGUAAAGAGCCGGCCAGAAGCAGUUGCUGUUCUGCCAUAAUUGCUUUAUGGUAAAACUGUGAAAACCCAAAGCUUGAUGAGGCCAAGGUCUGGUUUAUGGCAAAGAUGCCUGACUUGGAUGUGAAAGUGCAGCCAAGGGAUAAAUUUACUUGGGACAGGCUGAAAAUGAACAUUUUCCUGGUCCUUAAGCUUUUAUUAAUUGCCACUGAAUUUGCCUGUUCUGCUCCUGGCGUGGAUUAGCUGGCUGAGCUCCAUCCGUCCUUUAUGUCAAUGAAGAUAAGGAUGUGUCAGACCCUGGGAACUAGAACAUGCUGUUUGGCCCUUCAAGGCAAUUUCCUUUCGAGUCCCAGCUCUCUCCAGAUGGCAUCUAAUUGUUUGUUGAAUGACCUCAGUGUCCAGGGCACAGGAACCUGGUCUGAGAGGCCAUUUCACAUAUUUAUUAGCCUGUAGAGGAGAACUUACUACAUAAAGCCCCCAUUCACACUCUCAAAAGAGCUUUUUGUACAGAAGAAAUGAUGAAACUGAUGGGCUGUUUCCUGUGACCACCAGUCUCCAAUUGGAUUCUUAGUUUGCCCAGGCCCAGGUGGGUGUUUUUUGAAGGGGUCUCUGUGGUCCAGCUGCAUCCAUUAUGGCCCAGUCUCUUCCCCUCUCUCUUCUCAUGGUCUUUACUGGAAAGAGCCUAGGCAGAAUAGGGCCGCAUCCUCCUAUCUCCUGGUUUGUAGAGCAUUUCAGGAUUGCUCACUCAGAGCACAGGUGGUGUGAGUAGGGAAUUGCUGUGUUCUGGGACCCUCUUUCCUUUUGGGAACCCAGGUAGUUCACAGUUUGAGAGGGUGAGGUGCUUCUGAGGACCAAAGUAGGAACCAGCCCCAAUCCAGCCACAGGGAUGGCAAGGCUGGUUCACCCAGUAAGGACCAUAACCCUCAUGUGGCAAGUCAUGUCUUAUGCCUCUGUGAUUCUCUUAACUGUUUGAGGAGGGGCUCCCUAUCUUUUUGUAACUACAAUGAAUCAGAACCCUGUGUCUGGAAACAUGCAUGCGCACUAUUGUACGUCUUCCUUCCAAGGUGUUUGUGGACCCAGACUGAGGAUCCCUAUGCUAUCUCCAAAUGUGCACUGGCCCCUAUCCAGUUCAAGCAUUGCACUGGGCACUGGAGUGAUGACGAUAAAUAAGACCUGGGUCCUGAGGCCAACAAACAAGAACACAGAUCACUUUAAUGAGAGCUUCAAUAGCCAGAUGCUGGAAGACGGUUGGGGCUAGGGCUCCUCACUGGGGUAAAUAGAGGGUGGAGGAAGCCCCCAUAGGGCCACACAGACUGAGAACCCAGGCUCCGAGUCUCCUUCCAGGUCAUGUCCACCUAACGGAUCAUACCUGGGAAAGUCCCUCUGGCCCUAGUAACGGAAUGUCUCAGCCGGUACCUCUGAUCCAGGUCCUCUGUCUUUCCACAAAACACAAGUCUUUGGAAACGUCCUCCAGGAAGUUAAGAUGGUGCUGUUGCCUGUAUAGGCGGGGUUGAGUGAGCCGUUUGUUAGUGGUUUCCCUUAGCCUGGGAGGGGUGCUGGGUGUGGGAGUAAAACUCACACCUACGUUCAGUGGCACAGAACAUUCCCACUCCAUGAAUCCCUCUUCCUUUCUCUACAGGCAAAUUCAUGUCUGCUUUAUCCUUGAAAGUUCAAGACAACUCAGUUCUUUAAUGGAAUGUCCUUGGAGUAGGUUGUGAAGCACCAUUAAUUUCCACCCAUCACUGAAACAUGAGUGCACAAUGCUGUUAUUAACAAGUAUAUAUUAUACGUGUUUUCAUGUAACAUGAGUUUAUGUUGGCUCCUUUGUGGCCUUUCUCAGAUGCAGAGAUCACAUCUUAUACACAGUAUAAGAACUCUAGUAGAGCCCAGCAGUGUGUGUUAUAUCUUGGUUUCAGGUUUGCUUGAUCUCGCACUGAUAGGGUGAAGCUGUAAACUCUCACACUGAUGAUAUGAGCUAGAAUAUUUACCACUGGGAAGGGCAGGGUUGGAGUGGCUGAGUCGAUGACUGUUCUGGGGAAGGGAGACAUCCUCAGACUCUUAGCCUCUUGCAGCUUCUUCUCUUAGCACUUUGGUCACAUUCUCUCAGAUCAGCUUCUCCAUGUAGUGGGGGGGCACAUGACUGUAGGCUGUUCUGGGCUUAUAAGCUUAAAGUUUAUGGUCCAAGGGGAAAAAGGGACUUCUCCUUCUGCUCUGGUUUGAAAAAUCCCAGGGAAGGACUCUGAUUGGUCUAACUUAGGUCACAUGUCCACUCCUGGAGUAUCCAGUGUUCACUAUUCUGAUUGGCUCGUAUAUCCAUCACAAGUACGAAUACACAUGCCAUGGGGCAAAGCUUUUAAAUGUAAUAACCACUAUCUGCUGUUCACACCAUUUUCCCCCUGAAUUUUCAGAAUCGGAGGUAUAUUCAGCUAUAUUUCUAAUUGUCUCUGUCUACUCAGGGUACAUAUGUAAAAUCUUGGCAUAUGAAAGCUAAGUUUUACGGGGAUAUUUCCUUUUUGAUCUUUUCAAGUCCUACACUCAUCUUUCUCUAGUUUCUCUUCCUCCUCACUUAUUUAUGUGCUGGAUACCCACUGCCUCCUAGUGUAAUUGUCAGAUCCACCACUGUUACAGAGAAGUUAUAGGUGGGGGUGGGCAGAGGGGCUGUGAAUUCCCCUGGUAUUUAUAGUUUGGCCGUGGAAAAAUUCCCACAUCUGUUGUCACAAUUCACCCACCCCUGAGGCUGGUGUGGUGUUCCAGGCAGCGAUCCAGGUGGGUUCCCGCUGCUCCGCCUUGUAACUCUCCCUUCCUCCACCCGGCCUUUCCACUCUAUUGGGUUCACACUGCAAGGCCAGGGAUUGUACUGUCCUUUGAACCACUGACAAAAGGAACCCAUUGUCUCCACCCUGGGCACCAGGAGGGGCAAGUGUUGACCUAGAUGUCACUUCUGUAGGUGGCAUUGUGCUUCACAGCUGCCUGCCUUAGCAAGUGAAGAAACUGGCUGGCAGUCAAUAUGGUCCUUCCCAUUCAACAAACCCUGAGACAGCCUUUUCCUACAGAGAAAUGAGCCCAGUUCAUAUCUCCCUAUACGACAAAGGGGGUCCCUUAGCCCUCCAGUCGUCAGCUGCGUGGUGGGACUUGGCUGCCUCCUGGCUCUUCUCAGGUUCUGGCCUCAGCAUCUGUGUGCCCUUUCCCAUCAGUAAGGAGUGGACUAGGGUCUCUGAUGGGGGAUAGUUCAGAUAAGACCCGCAGUCUAUGUUGCCAAGAACAUCCGUCCCUCCGUGGGAGCGAGGUGGUGGUUGCAGCAGCCACGAUUCUGCCUUUUGGAUUUGUACAAGAUAAGGUGCUCCAGGCAACCAGCUGGUAUCUGUGCUUCCAUUAUCACAUCCGAUAGAGCUGGCCAUUCUGAUUCAUGGGGCUUUAAUUAUUAACUCUAAGAACUGUUUGAUUUAACAUGCGAGGUAGAGAUAAUAAUACGUGUCUCCUAGUGUGGGUAUUAAGUGAGACAAUAUGGUAAAAGUUCUCUGUAUAAAUAAAUGCUGGCUCUUGGGGACCUUCCACACUGGGUGGGUGAGGGCUCCUUCGAGGAACCCCACCCGAGACAUGGAAAGAUGUCUGUGACUGCCUCGCUCUUCUGAGAACACAUCCCUGUGGGCAGGGCGGGCUGCUGAGAGUCAAACUUACAGCUAUUCUGCAGUUAGUGCUAAUGUUGAGUACUGUAUGCAAACAAGGCCCUUCCCCAGCUGCGUGAAGGGGGUUCGGCUCCUCUCACAGGUGUUUAAAGCCUCCGCAGCAGCAGAAAGGAAAAGUGACCCUGCUGGCCUCAGGGCUCUCUACCUCCUCCUGCACCUCCACAGCCCUGCUGAGGACGACUGUGUCCUGGGUAGCAGGGGCUUUAUCUGUCCUUGCUCUUGUCCAGGAUGACCAGGGUACUCUCCUCACUUCUUUCUCCAGUAGAAAGAAGAUCAGAAAGCUACAUCUGUAAGAGCCACUGACAGUCUUUCUGGAUCAGUGGGGAUUUUUAGGUCUCAUGACUCUUUGACUGCUCACCUCAAUGAACAAAUACUUGUAAACGUUUGUAUACAGUUUCCAGUGGCUCACAGAAGCCCCACCCGGCCCUCAGGUUAAGAACUCCUGGUCUGGACUGACUCUCCCAGCUCUUUGGGCAGAAUGCAGAAUUAUCCACUAUGCCACUCAGAAGAUGAUACCCAUGAUCAGCUUAUGACCAUGAAAAAAGUUAUAUUUUCCCACUGAAACAUUUUGUUCAGGUGGCUGGAAUUUGCUUGAGAACAGAGCAGAAGGGAUUCCUAAGAUCCUUUUCUGUUUUACUUAGGGCACUUUCAAGGCUGGAAUGAGUGGAGGGUGGUCCUGACUCCACCUCACCUGGUGCCGCCCUGCUUUCCACCCCCGGGUGCCUUCUUGGGCAGUCCUCACAGGCUGCUUCCUCCUCUCAGACGUUUGGCAGCCUUUCUAGGUGGGAGAUGGACGUGGGGUGGCGAUGGAAGAAUGCACUGUGACUCUGGCAAUUCCUGCCAUUAGGGAGUAGAAAGGAGGAGGUGCAGGCAGAGGGCAGAAUCUGGGGGACACAGAGGUCUAGAGAGGGAGCUGGACAGAGCAGGCACAGCGUCCAAGGGGCUAUCCCAGGCAUGGUUCUAACUCUAGAAGUGGUUAGUAUCAGUGUAGCCGGUAACAUGGGCUGGUGGAGUAUGAAGGAGCCAGACACAUGGGAGGUGGGCCUCUGGGGAAUCUAGACACACGCUACAUCUAGGCCAGGGCGAGGACCUGGAGGGCUAGGCAAGGGGCAGGGGACGAGGUUGGAGGAGCAUCAGGCAGGACAUAGGCUGAAGCCCAGCUCUGCAGCCGAGUUGAUGCGGGGACGAUGGCAGAGGAGGGAGCCCAGCAGAUCCCCGGUCAGACCGACUGGGACAGGGGUGGGACGCACAGAGCUGUAGGUGCACCCAGGAGUCCACCUGGGUGACAGCCAAGUGGACAGAUGCUGUGGACACACGUGCUGCCUGUUAAAACAAAGUCCCCAGAUGACAAAGACUCUGGAGAAGAAAAUCAUCCGAGACAUCCGAAGAGGUGUGAUUAAGACCAUAUGUGCAAUUUUAAUCUGCGAUCUUAAAAUGUAAAGGCUGAAAAAUAUUUUAAGGCUUUUUUUAGUCUGAAAACUCUUCGACUCUUCCUCAUUGUCCCUUGGCUUUCAAGGUUCAAGAGUCACCUCAGUACCAGCUGGGGCCGGUCAGCGGUUGGCAGCUCAGGGCAGGGCUGGCCACACUCUUCUUUUUAGGUGUAGUUUCUGAGGCCUGACGUUUGCAUGAGAUUUAGGGUGCAGGUGGGCAUGUGCCUGCAGCAGGAACAAAUGGGGGAGAUGGAGCUUGUUGUGCCUUCCUUUGAAGGGGAAGGGAAGCUCACAUUUGCCUACUAUGUGUUGGGUGCCAGGGUGUUAUCUGUGUUAUAUGUGUUAUCUCACUUGAUCUACACAAAAACCUGGUAAGUUGGAGAAGGAAAACUGAGGCUCAGAGAGGUUAAGAAAUUUCCAAAGGUCACCCAACUAGCUAGUGGUAUGGUGAAGCAGGAACCCACACUGGCUCUCCCUCUACCCUCCUACCUUCCAGCAUCACUUUUGAGACGUGCAAAUAUGUGUCUCAGUUUUAGAAGAUGUCGUUUUGCAGCAGUAUUUGUGAGACCAGAAAGCUGUUGGCAGCAGAGAUGGAAGACAGUGUGGCUGGCCCUGGCUGGUGAGCCUUCAUGGCAUCCUGGCCUUGCACAUGCCCCUCAGCCUGUUUCUACAGCACUCUGCAAGGGGAGGCCUCUGAGGGGCUUUUGUGGUCACUGUCUGUCAGUUGCUUGUGUAGCUCACACUUACCAGAAGUGGCAGGAAGGGAAAGAGAAAAAUGUCCAGCAAAGAAAACCUAGCAACUACGGUGACAAGAGAAACAAAUGCUCUGGCUGUGGUGCCUGCACAGUGAGUGUAGAAUGGAAGGAAGCUUGGGAGGCAGGUGGCGGAUCACCUUGGUUCUCCAAGGAGAGGCACGUCAUGGACAGGACCCCCGAGAGGCUGAAGAAGGAGCUGGAGGAGGAGCUGCUGCUGAGCAGCGAGGACCUGCGCAGCCACGCCUGGUACCACGGCCGCAUCCCCCGACAGGUGUCAGAAAGCCUUGUGCAGCGAGAUGGCGACUUCCUGGUUCGAGACUCUCUGUCCAGCCCUGGAAACUUUGUCCUGACCUGUCAGUGGAAGAACCUCGCUCAGCACUUCAAGAUCCAGCGGACGGUGCUGCGGCUCAGCGAGGCCUACAGCCGCGUGCAGUACCAGUUUGAGAUGGAGAGCUUCGACUCCAUCCCCGGCCUGGUGCGCUGCUACGUGGGCAACCGCCGGCCCAUCUCCCAGCAGAGCGGAGCCAUCAUCUUCCAGCCCAUCAACAGGACGGUACCCCUGCGGUGCCUGGAGGAGCGCUACGGCACGUCCCCAGGCCGGGUCCGGGAGGCCGACCUCACCGAGGGAAGGCCGGAUGUGGCCAAGAGGCUGAGCUUCACCACGGGCGGCAUCCAGGCCCGAGAGCAGAGCUUGACCAGGGGAAACCUCCUCAGAAAUAAAGAGAAGAGCGGUAGCCAGCCAGCCUGCCUGGAUCACAUGCAGGACAGAAGAGCCUUGUCCCUCAAAGCCCACCAGUCCGAGAGUUACCUGCCCAUUGGCUGUAAGCUGCCCCCAGGUGUGGACACCAGCCCCUGCCCAAACUCACCCGUUUUCAGGACGGGCAGUGAGCCCACCCUGAGCCCAGCCGUAGUUCGAAGGGUCUCCUCGGAUGCGAGGGCGGGGGAGGCGCUGAGGGGCUCAGACAGCCAGCUGUGCCCCAAGCCGCCCCCAAAGCCCUGCAAGGCGCCCUUCCUUAAGGCCCCCCCGACCCCGUCCUCCUGGCUCAACUCAGAGGCCAACUACUGUGAACUGAACCCAGCCUUUGCCGCAGGCUGUGACAGGGGAGCAAGGCCACCCUUCUGUGCCCAGGACAGCUAUGUGGAGCUGCUGACAGCCAAGCAGAACGGGGCGCCAGGUCCCCGGAACUCUGGCACCAACUACUUGAUCCUUGAUGACGAUGAUGGGGCAAGGCCUUGGGAGCCGCCAGCAGCACAGAUAGACAAGGGCCAGGAGGACGAGCGGGAGUUUGUGAUGCCACUCCUGGAGACUGCCUCCUCGUUCAGGCCCAAUGACUUUGAGUCUAAGCUCCUUCCUCCUGAGAACAAGCCCCUGGAGACAGCAAUGCUGAAGCGUGCAAAAGAGCUGUUCACCAACCACGAGCCUAAGGUCAUCGCCCAGCACAUGCUGAGCAUGGACUGCAAGGUCGCUAGGAUACUUGAAGUCUCUGAAGAAAUGAGGAAGAACAUGGGCGUGAGCUCAGGGCUGGAACUCAUUACCUUGCCUUAUGGCCACCAGCUGCGCCUGGAUAUCAUUGAAAGACACAACACGAUGGCCAUCGGCAUUGCAGUUGACAUUCUGGGCUGCACAGGCACUUUGGAGGACCGAGCAUCCACCCUCAAUAGGAUUAUCCAGGUGGCGGUGGAACUGAAAGACUCCAUGGGGGACCUCUAUUCCUUCUCAGCUGUCAUGAAAGCCCUGGAAAUGCCGCAGAUCACAAGGUUAGAAAAAACGUGGACUGCCCUGAGGCACCAGUACACCCAAACUGCCAUCCUCUAUGAGAAACAGCUGAAACCUUUCAGCAAAAUCCUGCACGAAGGCAGAGAGUCCACAUGUGUUCCCCCAAACCAUGUAUCAGUUCCACUGCUGAUGCCUCUUGUGACCUUAAUGGAGCGCCAGGCUGUCACUUUUGAAGGAACUGACAUGUGGGAAAAAAAUGACGAAAGCUGUGAGAUUAUGCUGAACCAUUUGGCAACAGCCCGACUCAUGGCAGAGGCUGCAGAUAGCUACCGGAUGAACGCUGAGAGGAUUCUGGAAGGUUUUCAACCAGAUGAAGAAAUGAGUGAAAUCUUCAAGACUGAAUUUCAAAUGCGAUUGCUCUGGGGCAGCAAAGGUGCACAAGUCAAUCAGGCAGAGAGAUACGAGAAAUUCAACCAGAUUUUAACUGCCCUCUCACGCAAACUGGAACCUCCUGCAGUGAAGCAGGCAGAGCUUCGAUAACUCUCCAGAGAACCUGAGGAUAUUAUUUCAAGCUUCUCCAGUUUCUUCUUUGGGAAAGCUUAUCAUUUGAUAAAGUAAUAAUGUGCAAAUCUGACAAUAUACAAGCUUUUAGUAUCCACAGGAUAUUGAACCUGUAAAUUGCACAGAGCACACUUAUUUAUGAACUGUUCAAAAUUACUACUGAUUUUUAAAUGAACGAUAAUUUAUUAUUAAGGUAACUAUGGCUAAUGUUGAUCAGCAAGUUUAAGAGAAGACCUAGCUAUGUUGGCUGGUUGCUUUCUAUUACCAAGGUAUCUGACCAUUUUAGUUUUGAUUCCAUGUCAGAUAAGUGUAAAUAGAAAAGAGUUUAAAAGCAUGAGGCAUUUCAGAAGGUAUCAGUUGUAUGAUAUUCUUUAAAUAUGAAAACUGUAAAUAGUCAUAUGAAAAUAUAUCUUUUUGUGAAACAAUUGUAUCCAGUCUCUUUAAUAUUAAACAACUCAUCAUAAUACAGUAAGUAUACCUCCUA